AAAGUCAGCAUUAUGCACUUUUUUGAUAAAUUAUUAAAUAUUCGUAGAUACAACCAACUUGUGACUUGGAUAUAUAAAUUUAAUUUUCAUUUAAAACUAUAUUUUGUAUGAUUUGUUUUUUUUAAAUUAAUAUAAAAAUGAUGAAAUUUUAAUAAUUUGUUCAUCUUGAAGUGAAGAAAUACUUGGAAAAAGAUAUAAAUAAUAGGAAUCAAUCAGUUUUUACAAUACUAUUCAAAAUAUUUCAGACUUUGAAAACUAUCAAAAUAAUUCGUUCAUAUAUUCGAAUACUUAAGUUCUAUAUUUAAUUCUAUAUUUAAUUAAUUUACAGUUAAUGAAAUUUCAAAGUAUUCAAUUUUUUAUCAAUGCGCACGAAAAAAUGACGAUUUUUUGAGGAAAAAAAUAAAAACACGGAAACUUCUCGAUUAAUAUAAUCAAUUUGAAGAAAAAUCUGCAAAGUUUAGAAAUUAAAGUACAACAACUUGAGCCCUAAUUUUCUCUAUUUGCUAUCCACACGUAGUUAAUUCAAAAAAUAAGAAGAAGAAGAAGAAAAAAAUAUCAGGGUUGGUGCGUCGAAGGCAACUGUCGUUGGAUGCGAUCGACGUUCAUGGAAACGAUAUCCUAGUGGUGGCGGUUGCGGGGGCGUUGAAGAGGCAAGAGCGCAGAAGGGAGAACGGAAAUAUGCAGUUCGUAUUGAGGCAGGUCGGUGCAGCGCCACGAGUCGUGCUCCAGGCGCAGAGAUCAAUGUACCCGCCCCCUUCGUGCCUCGCCGUUGUCGACGUCGAGUCCGCCUCAUAAAUCCGGGAACAACUUCGAGAUGUGUGCAUGGGAUCGUGAGGAGACUCCUUCAUAAGGGCUUUUUUUUUCCUCUCUUUAAUCGAGCGUGCAACACCGGAAAAUGGAUGAGAAUGUGCCGGUUACAUAAGAUUUCACAAAAGGUGUGUCGUCGAUGAGGAUACCGGUUUAGUUCACGUGUGAAAAUACUUCAAUGAAGAUAUCAUGUCAAGAUCGAAGGAUUAUUGAAUAAAAUGGAAACAUAAAAAGAAUUCUCGAAAAUAGAAGAUAAUGAUAAUCCAUGAUAUUUAUUGUAGAAGAAAGAGUACGAGGUGAUUCGGUGUUAUUUCAGAAUAAUGCACACUAGUAAAUCCAAAUUUAUCUAAUUAGCGUUAUGUUCUAUUUGAGUUGAGUGAAUCGGAAACUAAGUUUGUAACGAUUAAAGGGUAGAGAAUAAUGAACUUUUUGAAAAAUAGAAAUGAAGAAGACGUUUUUGAAACGUAGAAUCUAAAUAGAAAUAGAUUUGUGCAAUUUCAAGGUAAUGACAUGUUAAUGAAGAAACGAAACCUUUUGAAAUGGUAUUCAAAGUGCUCGAUAGAAUUGAUCAUGUCGAUCAAUAAUUUCUAGUCACCAUUCUUCCAUGAGAGAAUCUAGUUCGACCACGUUCCUCGUCUCCUGAUAAUAAAUGGUGACCUAGCGAAGUGACAGAGGUCAAAGGUGGAGUUCGAGAAGCGUUGUGAGAGCAGAGAAAAAUGACGAACGAGCGUACUGGUGAGCCAGGUUGCGCAGAGACGCAGCUCGAGGCUGACGAGGACGAUGGUCGACACGGUGAAGAACUGUGAAAUCAUCUCUAUGAUAUGAUGAAUUUCCCAUUCGACGUAACGAAACGAGAGAAGAAGAAUGAUAGAUGUAUGCUCUGCAUAUUAAUGCUUUCUCCAAGGAACUGUAAAUCGGAGGAACCUGGCUGAAAGAGGGGAUGGAAAAGAAACCCGGGGGUGUGAAGAAGAGGAACGGGAUAGCCGAUGAUGCAAUCAUGCGAAAUCCAUCGAGCAUAAGGAAAACGUCCUUCCAACUGUCGUUUUCGUCGGUGGACGGAGAUUAAAGAGACUGUUAUGGGUGGGAAAGGGUGUGGAGGGUGAGAAGAAGACGAAAGAGAGAGAACUACAAGAAGGAGAGGGGAUAAAAAAGGAGAGUGCGCGUAAAAAAAAAAAAAAAAGGAAAAAAAAGACGUAUCGACGAGCAUAGAGAGUAGAAAGAGAAGAGGGAUGUCGAGGAGAGAGAGGCCUUAUCUUCGUAGAGUGUUCUCGACCCUGUCCCAAUUUCCAGGCUCGUGAUAUAGGCAUGGACUCGAGGGCGCGAUAUUACGGUUACGAUUAACCGGCAGCAAGAUGCACACGAAGCGGCACUCAAAGUCAAAGGAGCACGUUAUAUCUUGAAAAUAGAAGGAAAUUAUUAAAAGUAGUAAUUGAUUGAGAGAAAUUGAUUGGAGAAGUAGAGAAAAAAAGAAAGGAGGAGAAAAAAAGGUGUGGAGAAGAAAGAAAGAAAGAGAGAAUAUAAAUAUUAAAGGCGAACAGAGGGAGAUGAGAAAUAGGAUAGGAAUAGAGAAGAACGGGGUUCAUAUGCAUGAACUAUCGAUAUCGUCGUAUGUAUAGGCAAAGCAGAAUGUUCAAGAGCAGGAUCUUCCAGGGCGAUCUCAGCCCUGUCCCAAUUCCGGGCAACUUGCAACAGUCCAGCCAGCAGGGUCAGCAAGGCGAACAGGAGUUGGCAACGAAGAUGUUGCAGAUCCAAAGUAAAAGAUUCUAUCUUGAUGUAAAACAGAACAGACGUGGGAGAUUUAUCAAAGUAGCCGAGAUCGGCGCUGAUGGAAGGAGAAGCCAAAUCUACCUGGCACUCAGCACAGCAUCCGAGUUUCGGAAUUACCUUUCGACGUUUAGUGACUUUUAUGCAUCUUUAGGUCCACCAAACUCGGAGAACGUGCCAGAUGAUGGGAAACUAAAAUCAGAAGUGAUGACAAAGGAUAACAGGCGGUAUUACUUGGACCUCAAGGAAAAUACUCGCGGCCGUUUCCUGCGGGUGAGUCACCCUGUGUCGCAGACGAUAACACGAGGAGGACCCAGGACGCAGAUCGCGAUACCAGCACAGGGUAUGAUCGAGUUCCGUGACGCGUUGACAGACCUCCUCGAAGAAUACGGUACGGAUGAUGGUGGUUUCAAGGGUGAUUUACCAGAGGGACGAUACAUGCGCGUGGAUAGCAAGAAUUUCUAUUUUGAUAUCGGCCAGAAUAACCGUGGUAUCUACAUGAGAAUUUCUGAGGUGAAGACACACUUUAGAACAGCAAUCACCGUACCAGAGAAAUCCUGGGAGCGUUUUCGUGAUAUAUUCGCAGAUUAUUGUGAAAGAAUGAGAGAAAGAGGCGCUGGGAGCAACGUCGGCAUGAACAGCGGUGGCGGAGGAAAUGUCUUGCCCGAGGGGAGGGGCUCGGUGGUGGCACAGGUAACACAGAAACCUGCUGGUGUAAAGACCAAAACGGAAAAGCGGCAGGCCGAUCAACGGCAACGCGAGUCUUUGAAACGACGCAAAUCCUUGCCACGCCAAGCAGAACCGUCCACCAUCAAUCCUGAAAAAUCCAUGUCCGCUCCUGCCUCUCAAGUCCCAACAACUACCGAUAUCCCACUAUCUUCUGGUUCUGCUAUAACUACAUCAAGCACGAGCAAAAGUACGAUGUCCGAAGAGAAUGUUUCUAGCGGUUCUACAGCAUCACAGGAGAUUCAAGGAGUACCGCGCUUAGAAACUGUUCAAGUUUAAAUUUGCGAUGACGUUCUGCAUAAACGCGCAUGCGCAUUUUCAGUGCGUAUGCGCGAGCGAAGGGCGCGAAAGAAACCGAUAAGAGGUGGCGCGAUCCAAUUCAGAACGCACAGCUGUGGAGUGUAUCGUUUAAUUUAUUAUUUUGUGUUCCGUAUCGUGUAUCGUGUUUCACGCGUAAUUUCGUUUCCCUAUAAACACAGAUUCAUUCAAAUCUUACGGGAAUAGUUCGCUUGUUGAUUAUCGAAGCGUUUAGAUUAACUUCAAACGAACACGGGUUUCGAGUUAACAAAGUGAAUGGUGCAUACAUACAUAUUCAAAGACUUUUAUCAUUUCAAUGGCAUUUUCAUGAUAAAUUUUUUUUUUAUUUUUAUCAUCCGUAUAUAAAUUUUAUCAAAUGUUUAUUAUAAAAAAUUAUAAAAAAAAAAAUCACGGUAAAUCAUGGUGAAUUUAAUAUAUAUAUGAACGAAUUGAUUAUAUAUAAUGAAUUUAUUAUAUAUAAACGAAUUGAAUUUCGAAUUUAUAGCGUCAUAUUCUUGACAUAAAAUAUUAAAAAUUAAUUAUAUUCAUUUUAAAUUUAGAAAUUUAGUUAGUUAAAUUAUUUUAAGUUGAUAAUAUUAUGUUGUUAAGUUAUUUUGUGAUUUUUUAUUUUGUGAACCAUGUUAAAAAAUUGUGAAAGUACAAGGAAUACAAGAAAAAGUAUUUAUAUAUUUGUUAAAAAAUAUUCGAAAAACGAUAAUCAUUAUUUGUAAUUUUAAUUCAUCGUACGUUGCACCAUUCUUUCUAUAACUUGAAAACAAAGGAACCCUAUGUAAGUGUUGUUAAGCAGAGAAAAGAAGUAUUGAAUAACUUGAUCCGAGUUUCUGUUCUUUUUUUCUCAUUGUUAAAAGAUGGAUCGGUAUCGUUAAAUAUUUUGCUUGUUUUUGAGACAGUAACGAUAAGUUUUGUAAUAAAAACGUCUGGUUUUUAAUGGUUGGGUACGACCUGAGAUUCGCAUAUUGCAAUUAACAAAGAAAUGCAAAAUAAAAACUAUUUAUUGUAUGCGAAUAACUACUUAAGUUAAUUAUUACAUUUUGUUCAAAACUAUUAAAUUUAUAUUAUGCAGAAACAGAAAUUUAAUAAAGGUACUUUCUUUUGAUACUAUAA